GUGUUGUUCAGACUCAGGCUCAGGUUCAGAUUCUCCUCCAUGGUGUAGUUCAGACUCAGCCUCAGUUUUUGAUUUUCUUCCACGGUGAAGUUCAGACUCUGGCUCAAUUUCUGAUUUUCUUCCAUGGUGUGGUUUAGUCUUCGGCUCAGUCUCUGAUUUUCUUCCAUGGAGUAGCUCAGACUCAGGCUCAGUUUUUGAUUUUCUUCCUUGGUGUGGUUUAGUCUUCGGCUCAGUUUCAGAUUAUCUUCCAUGGUGUAGUUCAGACUCAGGCUCAAUUUCUGAUUAUCUUCCAUGGUGUAGUUUAGUCUUCUGCUCAAUUUCUGAUUUUCUUCCAUGGUGUUGUUCAGACUCAGGCUCAGGUUCAGAUUCUCUUCCAUGGUGUAGUUCAGACUCAGCCUCAGUUUUUGAUUUUCUUCCAUGGUGUUGUUCAGACCCAGGCUUAGGUUCAGAUUCUCUUCCAUGGUGUAGUUCAGACUCAGGCUCAAUUUCUGAUUUUCUUCCAUGGUGUAGUUUAGUCUUCUGCUCAAUUUCUGAUUUUCUUCCAUGGUGUUGUUCAGACUCAGGCUCAGGUUCAGAUUCUCCUCCAUGGUGUAGUUCAGACUCAGCCUCAGUUUUUGAUUUUCUUCCACGGUGAAGUUCAGACUCUGGCUCACUUUUUGAUUUACUUCCAUGGUGUGGUUUAGUCUUCGGCUCAGUCUCUGAUUUUCUUCCAUGGAGUAGCUCAGACUCAGGCUCAGUUUUUGAUUUUCUUCCUUGGUGUGGUUUAGUCUUCGGCUCAGUUUCAGAUUAUCUUCCAUGGUGUAGUUCAGACUCAGGCUCAAUUUCUUAUUAUCUUCCAUGGUGUAGUUUAGUCUUCUGCUCAAUUUCUGAUUUUCUUCCAUGGUGUUGUUCAGACUCAGGCUCAGGUUCAGAUUCUCUUCCAUGGUGUAGUUCAGACACAGCCUGAGUUUUUGAUUUUCUUCCAUGGUGUUGUUCAGACUCAGGCUCAGGUUCAGAUUCUCUUCCAUGGUGUAGUUCAGACUCAGGCUCAAUUUCUGAUUUUCUUCCAUGGUGUAGUUUAGUCUUCUGCUCAAUUUCUGAUUUUCUUCCAUGGUGUUGUUCAGACUCAGGCUCAGGUUCAGAUUCUCCUCCAUGGUGUAGUUCAGACUCAGCCUCAGUUUUUGAUUUUCUUCCACGGUGAAGUUCAGACUCUGGCUCACUUUUUGAUUUACUUCCAUGGUGUGGUUCAGUCCCAUGUGUGUUGAUUCUAGAAGCUGUCUCAGCUGACUCCUUUCUUUCUGUAACUGCUUAACAUUGAUGCUCAGGCCAACAAUGACAGUGAUUAGGACUAAAAGGAGCACCAGGAAAACGACAUGAAGAGUGCCUAUCCAGCCAGAUUGAAGUCUCUGUAUGAUGCGGUUAUCAAUCUCUGUUUUCUCUGUCUCAUCUUGAUCUGGUCUGUCUUGAAGUCUCUGUAUGAUGCUGUUAUCAAUCUCCGUUUUCUCUGUCUCAUCUUGAUCUGGUCUGUCUUGAGCCAUUUCCUCCACAGAGCUUUCAGAUGGGAAGCUAAAAGAAAAAGAUGAGAAGCACUGAAGAUCUUGUUGUAAAGGGUCUGAAAGCUAAGUCUUUCUAUACAAUAUCUGUCAUUCACAAACUGAUGUGCACAAAUCUGAGACAUGAUAAAUAUUGGAAAAUUCCAAAUACUCUCAUUCUCUGAGUCGUCUGAAUGAGCUGUAUGAAUGUCAGCAGUUCUGACCCGACCCAAACUGUUGGUAUCUACACAAACAGAGCCUUAACCUCCAAACACAUGACUUCAUUUCAAUAAAGUUAGGGCGCUGUGUACAUACUUUAUUUCAGUCUGUUAGUAUAUGACACAUUCAAUACAAACAAGGAAAAAUUUUCAUGUGAAUGAAAAGGAGCAGAAAGAAAAAGGUUGAGGCACGGUUUUAUAGAAACACCUUCACACAGGGACCCCUUGAACCGUUUUUUUUCUCCUUACCUUAGGUGGACGUGCUGUGGAUCCGUCAUUUCGCCGUGGGUUUCCUCGGACAUGUUUUCCAUCUUUGCUUUUCGCUUUCUUCCACGUUUUAACCAGUAGGUCUAUGUUUCACUUUUAAGAUUUCGAUUGUCUCUUUCUUUAAGUGUAGCUACUCGCUGAAAGGUUCAAACGAUACCCUGGACAGCUGCUCUACUUCCAGUUAGUAACACGAGUUGAAAGCCGUGAUGAUGUCAUAAUGAUGUCAUCACGGAAUUGUUCCUUUGAUGCCAUAUUCUCUUGUUGUUUGUUUACAUUUGAAUUUUUCACAUUUAAAUGUAAAAAAAAGCACACCCUAUAACAAUCAUGUAUUUUUCAAACCUGCUGUUAACCCACAUUGAUUUGAGCUGUUUUUGUAAUAGAUGCUUUAUGAAUUGAUAUGUAUUGAUGGGUUAAAUAAGAAAACUUAGUAUGACACACCAGCUGUUAAACUGAACUUUACAGACGCCAUCUUGCCUGUCUACUUCUGUCCAUUGUUGAACCAAAAUUAAAAAAUAGUUCUCUUUAAAUGUACAAAUCAUAUUUACUCAUGAAGAUAAAGUCAUUAUUGAUUAUACAUUGCAGAUAUACUUUCCCCUGAACUCUAUAUUAAUCAGUAAUCCAAAAGCUUUUCCUCAACUGAUGAAAAGUGAAAACAAGAGUCCUGCAAGGAUUAAAACUGACAUGGGCCUACAUAACAUGCGAAAUUCAGAGAAAUUUUAGCACUUUUUGACAACAGCAAGAGUAAAUCAGAAUUAACUCUCAUUGGGACACACAAACCCCUCCACCACGGUAAGGUGGUAGCUCGAGGAGGGGGAUAAAAACCCUCCCAUGGGACGGAAAACCGCAAGGUUUAUUUUAUCUUUUGUGUGAAAAACACCGGGUUAUGGGUGCUUUUGUUUGUUGUUUUUUAAUUUUCUUUCCAGUGGUUUUUUUUUUUUUUUCCCAUGUUGAUGUUUUUUUUUUUCUUUUUUUUUUUUUCAUCAGUUGUCUUAAUUUAUUUUUGUUUUUGGAGAUUUCUUUUUGAAGAGUUUUUUUUUUUUUAAGUACUUCCUUACUUCGGGGAAGUUACUUCUUCCACUUCUCAGGCUUUCUUAACCCCAAGAAUCAGAAAUAUUUCUUUUUUGUUUUUUAGUUUUCUUAGGGUGUUUUUUUGUUGUUGUUUUUUUUUUGUUUUCAGAAAUACUCUUCUUUUUCUUUUUUUUAGUUUUCUCUUUUUUCUGCCUGUUUUAAGGGUUUUCGACCUAGGCUCCCUCUCACCCUACCUUAAAGAGGUCGUCACUAAUCUAAUCUAAUCUUUUAGUACAUUGUAGUGUUAAUUUGUUUUUUAUCAUCUUAGCACUUGCCGUGAGCCUCCUUAUUUAUACACUUCUUUAUUCUUUUGCAUUACUGUAUUUCUGCUUGCUUUAUCUUGUUCUUUGAUUGUUUUAUUUGUUUUUAUGUGUCACUGUACAGCACUUUGGCUACCCUUGUGGUUCUUUUAAAUGUGCUAUAGAAAUAAAGUUGAUUGAUUGAUUGAUUUUUUUUUUUUGGUUUUCUUUCUUUAUUUUUUUUUUUUUUUGAGAUCUCUUUUUGAAGAGUUUUUUUUUUUUUUUUAAAGUACUUCCUUACUUCGAGGAAGUUACUUCUUCUUCCACUUCUCAGGCUUUCUUAACCCCAAGAAGUGUCUUGUUUGUUUCCAGACUGAAGAAGGUGGUUUGGUGGCAUUAGAGGUUGGUGUCUCUGCUGGUCCUGCUGUUCCAACUAGUUCUGGAGAUCCAGCAGUCACUUCGAUUUCUAAAGCUCCUGCCAGUUCUUCAGCUCCAGAAGUUUCUGCAGUUUUCUCCAACUCCAUGCAAAACUGCUCGAUGUCCAUGUCCAUGAAGUCCUGCUCCUGAAGCGUCAUCUCACUUUGCCUGAUGCCUGUCUCUCGAAGUUGAAGCUCAGUUGAGAGUUCAUUUGUUUUUUUGUUUUUUUCAUUGUUAAAGCUGGUUUCUUGGGCCACUUUAAACUCCUUGUUGUCCAUCAUACCGGCUGUCUGGAUGUAGAGCUGUUGUUUCAGCUCCUCCAGCUCAGCCCAGUGCCUCCUCUCUGUUUCAAAAGCUGCCUGCUGCAGAACAGCAAUCUUCUCCGUCAUGGAGUCCUGUUCGGCUCUCAGGAUCUGGAUGGUCUGUUCCUGUAAGAGUCCAUCAUGGUGAGCCUGAUUUUGCAGCUCACGCUGAAGGGUCUCAACUUCCUGUUUCGCAGCAGUGAGAUCAGUUGCAUACUGGAAUUUCAGUGCUUGGUAUGAGGUUCUUGUCUUCUCCUGUUCUUCAUGGAGGACCGUGUUUCUUUCAGUCAGUUCCUGGACUUGUGUUGUGAGCCUCUCAUUUUCCACAAUAUGUGCCACCUUCAGCUCCUCGUAAUCGACAUGAAGAUCCUUCUUCUUCUUCUGCCGGCUCGUGUCCCUCACCUUAAGAGCAAUUCUGUGUUUGGAGAGGGUCUCCUGUGAGCUGUACUUUUGAAGCAUCUGCAGCUCCUUUUUGAGCUCCUUCCCUUUGUUAAUGUACACUUCCUUGAGAGCCCUUUGCCUGGUCAGCUUCUGAUGAAUCACCUCCAACUCCUGGCUGAGCAAGAGUGUUCGGUUCUACUCUCUCUCCAGCUGUCCAGUGAGCUUCUGUUGAGUCACCUCCAACUCCUGGCUGAGCAAGAGUGUUCGGUUCUUCUCACUCUCCAGCUGUCCAGUGAGCUGAGCCACAGUCCUGCGGAGUGUCUCCAUCUCUCUGUCCCUCAAGUAGAAGGGCCUGUUAAUCCUGGGUCGGUUUGUUGGUCGCUGCAUUGUCUUUGACUGUUUGUAGUCUCAGAGUUCCGCUGCUAAAAGAUUUCGAUUGUCUCUUUCUUUAAGUGUAGCUACUCGCUGAAAGGUUCAAACGAUACCCUGGACAGCUGCUCUACUUCCAGUUAGUAACACGAGAUGAAAGCCGUGAUGAUGUCAUAAUGAUGUCAUCACGGAAUUGUUCCUUUGAUGCCAUAUUCUCUUGUUGUUUGUUUACAUCAUGUAUUUUUCAAACCUGCUGUUAACCCACAUUGAUUUGAGCUGUUUUUGUAAUCUUAGUUUAUUCCUCUGUUACAUAGCCCGCGUCGAUUUAGCUGAAGUGAGUAAUUCGCUUGAGGACGUCGUUAAGGUAUAUUUACGUUGCUUUAAAUGGGUAUUAAAGGUAUUUUGCUGAUGUUACAGCACGGAAAGUGACUUUUAAGCUAAGCUGCUAAUGUAAACACAGUAUACUCCAAAUUUUCACUGCAUAUUUUUCUGUAGAAGUAGUUUUCCUUGAAGCUUUUGUAAUUGCACCAUCUUUAAAAAACUAAAUAAGUGUUGGAUACCAAAACGCAUGCUUCUUUAUGGAAGUAAAUCUGUGCCAUCUGAUUUUGAAAUUGAAUUUCUAAAGCUGAUUUUUUUUGCAUCAAAAUCAGACUUUGAAUUUCAAAACUAUUGAAUUUCAAGCAUGCAUUUUUAUUUCUGACGCUUUUUUUCACAAUGAUGAUAUGCAUUCAGUGUAAAAAAAAUCAGUCCCUCAAAAAAUUUGUUGAGUAAAAAUUUGACUUAAAAAAACGUGUAAAAAAAAAUUCUGUGUCAAAAAAUUUAGUGUAAAACAGACUGACUCAACAUCCAGGUAACCAGGGAGAGCAAUCGAUUCCUGGCUCAAUCAUCCAUCGUCCAGCUAAUCAAUUAAAGCUAGAUUGGUCAUGUGGCACCGACCCCAGUGGAAGAUUGAGAAAUCGAUUGCUUCUCCCUGAUUACGCGGAUGUUGAGUCAGUUUGUUUUACACAAAAUUUUUUGACACUGAAAAAUUUUUUAUGUUGAAUUUUUUUUUUACACAGUUUUAUUUUAGGUCGAAUUUUUACUACACGAAUAAUUUGAGAGACUGUUUUUUUUAAACCGAAUUUAUCAUCAUUGUGGAAAAAAAAUAAUGCGUGCUUUGAAAUUCAAAGUCUGAUUUUGAUGCAAAAAAAAAUCAUUAGAUAACCGUCAGCAUUGUGAACUCAUCCUCUUAACAUUCUUUCUCCCUUUUUAUGUUAUAGUUCAGUCAAAAGAAAAACUGGACCAGCUUUGCUGAUUUAUGAGUAUAACCAGACAUUUAUGUUUUAGGGUUUUUCAUCUCCACUCAGCCAUGCCAUAUCUUAAAACAGCUGCAAAAAAACCAGACACGAUCAUCAUUGUUGGAUAUCAAGUCACGGAAAUGUGGACUACGGCACACUGUGUUCUUUGUGAAUGGAAAUGAAUAUACAGGAGAGUGGAAAGACAACCAGAAGCAUGGUGAGCGGCUUCUUCCACCACAACUCCUUUGGUCACCUAGUUAUAACAUGUGAAGUACUUGCUAUGUAAUGGAUGACAUUUACACUUUUAAUGUGUCUUUUAGGAAAGGGAACUCAGGUUUGGAAGGAGUCUGGAAUGAUUUAUGAUGGAGAGUGUAAAUUCGGAAAACGUGAUGGAUAUGGUACCUACAGUGUGCUUCUCCCUCAAAGGAAGGAGUACUUGAGAAAGUACUGUGGGGAAUGGAAGAAUGGAAAGAAGCAUGUAUUGAAAUACUAUUAUUUAUAUACACUGUAACAUCAAUAAUGCCUGUUGUCUGAGCUUACAUUGCCUGUGUCAUAUAUCGCUAAUCAUUACCUUUCUCUCUAGGGGUAUGGGACAUACUUCUUCAGUCACUCAUCAGUUUAUGAGGGGGAGUGGAGUGAGGACGAACGGAGUGGCUGGGGAAGAAUGUUCUAUGAGAAUGGAGACAUCUAUGAGGGAGAGUGGAUGAAGGAUAAGAAUCAUGGAAAAGGCAUCAUUCAAUUUUGUAAGCAGACUUUGCUAUCAUACAUUUUCAGUUAAAAUGGAUUAGAAAUUGAGUGUGACAAUGUUUGUAGAUCUAACAUUUGACUUUUCUCCUUUCUUGAGUGAAUGGAAACUGGUAUGAAGGCACCUGGAAAAAUGGCUUGAAAAAUGGAAACGGGAAAUUCUAUCAUUCUGACAAAGGUCAACUUUAUGAAGGUUUUUGGGUGGAUGGGGUUGCAAAAUGUGGAACUCUGUCUGAUUUUGGAAGAGAUGACGCACCUGCACCGACAAGAUACCCAAUCCCACAGGUACAAAAUUUUCAUUAUGACACAGUCACAGAUCCGUUUACAAUUCAGCCCUUGUGUGACAAAUCAAAUAAACAUUUGUAAUAAAGCUCUUUCUCUUGGCGUAACUGUGAAGAAAUGAAGCUUUUCUUUGUUUUUCAAGGUUCAACUGGUCGACAUGCAAUUGGUUCUAAGGGAAGGCCAGUCAGCCUACCUUACCAGAGUUGAAGAGGGACAAGAGGAAGACCGAUAGCAAGUUUCCACUCUGCCGUACAUUUACUGCCAAAUAAUAAAAUUGGCAUAAUUUCA